AUGCAUACUUCACCGCCUCAUCUGGUCUUCUUCUUCAUGCAGAGAACGACCUUGAUAGGGAGAGGCAGAGAGGGUGGUUGGGAGUUCGACUUCAGGCCGUCCAUCUACGACCUCUCCCUCUUUUCUUUGCUUCUUCGUCUCUUCUUCGACUGUGCAAGGGAAAGACAGGUUUAUCUGUCUUGCUCUUCUCAAUCAUCUGGCUACUACUCUUUUGCCGUGCGACUUCAACUUUCUCUGGCGCUUUCCACGGUUUAA